UAUUGUGCAGCCUCCUCCUCCUCCUCUCUCGUCUCCCCUCCUCUACUUCCUCCCCAGGGAGACUGCGCGGCCUCAGCCCACACAGCAGCAGUCUCAGCCGCGGCGCCGCCAUCCUCCCGAGCCGCCCGAAUAACGGAGCCCGCCGGAGGGAGGAGGAGGAGGAGGGAGCCCGGGGCCCGCACAGGAACGGACAAUCAUUCGUCUCCAAUAGAGUAAGAGUGCCGACAAGAUGCCGAAGCCGAUAAAUGUACGGGUCACCACCAUGGAUGCGGAGUUGGAGUUUGCCAUCCAGCCGAAUACAACUGGCAAGCAGCUCUUUGACCAGGUGGUGAAAACCGUGGGUCUACGAGAGGUCUGGUUUUUCGGGCUGCAGUACGUGGACAGCAAGGGUUACUCUACAUGGCUGAAGCUGAAUAAAAAGGUGACUCAGCAGGACGUCCGGAAAGAAAACCCCCUGCAGUUCAAGUUCCGAGCGAAGUUUUUCCCAGAGGACGUAUCCGAAGAAUUAAUUCAGGAGAUAACCCAGAGACUGUUCUUUCUGCAAGUUAAAGAAGCGAUCUUAAACGACGAGAUCUACUGUCCCCCCGAGACGGCCGUCCUGCUGGCCUCCUAUGCCGUGCAGGCCAAAUACGGAGAUUACAGCAAAGACGUCCACAAGCCAGGUUACCUGGCCAAUGACCGCCUGUUACCUCAGCGUGUUUUGGAACAACAUAAAUUGACGAAAGAACAAUGGGAAGAAAGAAUACAGACCUGGCACGAAGAGCACAGGAGCAUGCUAAGGGAAGACUCUAUGAUGGAGUACCUGAAGAUUGCCCAGGAUCUGGAGAUGUACGGUGUCAAUUACUUUGAGAUCAAGAAUAAAAAAGGGACCGAACUUUGGCUCGGGGUUGAUGCAUUAGGUCUUAAUAUUUAUGAACAUGAUGACAAGUUGACACCUAAAAUUGGAUUUCCUUGGAGUGAAAUCAGAAACAUCUCAUUUAAUGACAAAAAGUUUGUUAUAAAACCAAUCGACAAAAAAGCUCCGGAUUUUGUAUUUUACGCUCCUCGUUUAAGAAUCAAUAAACGUAUCCUGGCCCUGUGCAUGGGCAACCACGAGCUCUACAUGAGGCGGAGGAAACCAGACACCAUCGAAGUCCAGCAAAUGAAAGCCCAGGCCCGAGAAGAGAAGCAUCAGAAGCAGCUGGAGAGAGCUCAGCUAGAAAAUGAAAAAAAGAAAAGGGAGAUAGCAGAGAAGGAAAAAGAGAAAAUAGAGCGGGAAAAGGACGAACUGAUCGAGCGGCUCCGACAGAUUGAGGAACAGACAUUAAAGGCACAGAAAGAGUUGGAAGAACAGACUCGAAGAGCUUUAGAGUUGGAGCAAGAAAGGAAAAAAGCAAAAGAAGAGGCAGAGCGUCUGGAGAAAGAGCGACAGUCUGCAGAAGAAGCAAAGGCUGCGCUGGCCAGGCAAGCUGCGGACCAGAUGAAAAACCAAGAACAGCUGGCAGCUGAACUGGCAGAGUUUACAGCUAAGAUCGCUUUACUAGAAGAGGCAAAGAAGAAAAAGGAAGAAGAAGCUACAGAGUGGCAGCAAAAGGCAUUUUCUGCACAAGAAGAUUUGGAAAAAACCAAAGAGGAGCUGAAAUUCGUGAUGUCUGCUCCACCACCCCCUCCACCGCCACUCCCACCACCACCACCUGUCGCACCUGCAGAAAACGAACAUGAACACGAGCACGACGAGCAUGAUGAGAACAACGCAGAGGCCAGCGCAGAACUGUCCUCCGAGGGGGUGGUCAAUCAUCGGAGCGAGGAGGAGAGACUGACCGAAACACAAAAGAACGAGCGCGUAAAGAAGCAGCUACAGGCCCUAAGUUCUGAGUUGGCGCAAGCAAGAGACGAAACCAAGAAAACGCAGAACGACGUCCUUCAUCAGGAAAACGUGAAAGCGGGCCGCGACAAGUACAAGACACUCCGCCAGAUACGACAAGGAAACACCAAACAGCGCAUCGAUGAGUUUGAGGCAAUGUGAAGAGGCCUCGCCCGCUAUCACCGUUCUACACUAUGCUGCACCACCAACAUAGAAAAGUAGGCCUUUGACGAAUCGAUGACGGAGCGUGCCCCACCCCUUGCCAAAGCACCUGUACCAGUCUGACUGUGGAGGAUAGAAUUAAGCAAGACGAUUUAAAAUGGGCUUUAUCUGCAGUGCUGAACACGUCGCGUCUGAUGUCAGUCCGUAACACCACCAUAUCAAUGUCGCUAAAAUUCAUAUUGUUUCUAUUAGAGCUUCCAGGUAGACGUUAGCUGCUAAUAAAGCUUUGCGUUUUGAAAGGACAUUUCAAAUUUGAGUCUAGAACUGACAGAAGAGUUUAGCGAGUGGUUAUGAUGUCCUUUUAUUUGUUGUUGUUGUGGUUGUUGUUGGAGAAUUUUGGGAUUUUUGUCAUUUUUACGACUCAUUUUGUCAUCGUUUUUUCUUUGCUCAAAAUGUUCUAGAACACAUCAUGGUUCUUGUCCUGACAAUUGGUUUAGCACACUAGCAGUAUCAAGACACCUAGAUAUAUUUUUAAUAUUAUAAUUUUAUUUUUCUUUUAUAACAAGCGGUUAGUGUUAGGGAGUGGGCUUUCUACUACUACCUCACAUACGACGACUGGUCCUCGUAAUACCAACUACAUGUUUAAUUCACUAAGAUUUACCCUUGUUUGAUUUUUUUUUUUUUACUUUUAUUUUCUUAACUUUAUUUUGUUGCUUUUCACUGAUAAGCUGUCUAUUAGUUUGUAAAGUAGUAACAAAUCAUAUUUUAUAGGAGACUGCUAACCAUACAAAAUACUUAUGUUCUAGGCAUGACAAGCACUAUAUACAAUCCGUUAUUCUUAUAAUGCGCCUUUUCUGUUACGUUCCUGCCCCUCCGGUCCUGAAGGGUAAUGUCUGUACCACAAGGACUAAGCAGCCUCUGAACUACUGCUCCCAUCAUACUACACUAACAGUAGGGCUGCUCAGUCCUUGAUUCGAUAUGUGAAUAAUUAUAAUUAUUUUAAUUUUAUUUUCCUUGUCUGAUAAAUGUGAAUUCAGUAGUGAGAAGAGCUUCUCAUGAAACGCUUUAUAAACGCCCAUUAUGUUGUCCGAAUUACAUUGUUAAAUAGCUGUAUACUUGAGCAGCCGUCGGCGUGAUGAACCGCUCUCUAUUUAAUCUGCUUUGGAUUGUUUACUCCGAGCAGUAUAACCCUCAUCGGCUCCACCACUUGGAUUCUGGUGGUAUGGCGCAUGUACAGACACACGUAGAGGAGUAGGUCGUUCCAAAGUGUUCAUCCUUGGCUCCUUCACAGCCAAGCCCAUAGAAUGGACAGGAAGUAGCCGUAUUUGUCUGCAAAUUUGCAGCUGACUUUUCAAUAUUGUAUGAAAAAUAAAAAAAUAAAUAAAAAUAAAAAUCUCAUGCCAACCCCCCCUGGACUCCUAUAAAAUAAUAAAAAAUAUAUAAAACUUAAGGCCAGGGACAGGUCGGCGUUGUCUGUUGGCUUGGUCUGGAGGCAGAAGAUAGCCAAAGUAUCCACCGGCCUGCGCUGUAUGGGCUAGUGCAAAGAACAUGGCUGCUGUCAUUACAUUUUGUCGUAUAUGUACGUAGAUGUAGCACAGGCCUUAAUACACUGCGGUAUCAAAGUUGGCAUUUGUUUGCAGUGCAACAGAGACUUAACGGGGUACUCCACCCCUAGACAUCUU